AUGUUCCAGCAUCGUCAGCGUGGAGAAAACAAUGCACAAAACGCGGCGCUGAUGGCUGUUCAAGCUUCGACUGAAACAAGAGUCCAGCAGCUCACUGAACAACAACGUACACUUGCCCAUCAGCUCGGUGAAGCUCUAGCUACGACACAAAGCGAGUUAUCAUCUCAAUUCCAGCGAAUGCAGGUGCUGGAAGGGGACCAAGUUACACAGAUCGAAGAAUUCGUCAAUAAGAAGCUGGGUGAGGCUCUUCAAAAAGUGCAUCAGUCGAGUCAAGUGAUUACCUCGCAGACGGACAUCGCUCAGAAGCUUUUGGUCGAGAUCGAACAAACUAUCGACAAUAGCCAAGCUACUUUCGCUAGUCACAUUCGCCAAGUCGUUGAAGAUGAAUUGGCAAGCCUGCAGCAUGAUUCUUUAAGUGCGAAGCAAGUACGGGGAGUGGUGGACGAAACGGUAGCUGCAGCUAUUGCUGAGGCAAAACAAACAAUCGAUACAGAGCUCCAGCGUGCCCGCAGCGAAAUUCAACGUGAAAUUGCAACCAGAAUGGAGGAACCAGUCCGGCACUUAGUUUUGGAGCUGACAACGCAGGCGGCGCGUCAACUUGAAUCUCGCGUGCAGAGUCUAGUUACGAAUACACAGUCGGAAAUGAACCUACAAAUUCAACGCCAAGCGGGUGCAACGUCGGUUCUGCCAUGGCUAAAGACUUCUAUCCAGGAUGUGCUGCUCAACAACCCAGAUUUAGUGGGCCAUGAGCGACAAGAACAGUCACAACAAUCAAGCACAGUUUCGAAAGGUGACAAAGAACACAAGGAAUAUGCAGAGCAGCUCAACGCCACUCUUGAGCGCAGUAUCGGAGCAGCAGCUACGACGAUCGGUAACGCUAUCAACGGUGGAAUGCGCUGCAUAACCAAGUCCUCACUCAGGCGUGACCACAGUUUUGAAGAUAGCGACUCGGAUGAUGAUGUCUGGAUGACUCCGAAAGACCGUCAAAUGGAAAAUCGGAUGAAGGAAGCUUGGCGAAAUGCUUACCUUUGUAGCAAACCUGAUCACGUCUCUCCUGAAGCGAAUUCAGACCACGAAGGCAAGAGCUCUCGAGACAAUCGAAUUGAAAAUAAACCAGAAGUUCUGGCUCGGAGUUACAAGGACAGUGAAGGACUCGUUUCAUCUCCGCAAACUCAGUUACCCUUUACCGGUGGAGCCGCGUUUGAUUCCAGUGUACUGCUGGUGGUACCGCCUACUCAAACACAGAUCUUCGUCCAGAAUAAAACGCACCAUGAACACCGUCUAUCUGAGCUACGGCGCCGUCAAUGCCUGGAGCUUGAACAACUCCAGCAGGACGCGCCACUACCAAUUCAGUACCGGGGGCGUCAUCGCGAGACCCAUCCUCCUGUUCCACCACGUCAAUCUGGAGAACAUCGACACCAAGUCCAGCGUCACCACAAGCAAGCUCACACAAAUCGAAUGCAGCGGCUUGUGAAUGACCUUCAACAAGAAGUUACUACCAGAGCGGAGUUGGAGGCACAGCGGUAUUCAUCGAAUAACUAA